AUGGUCUUUUCAAAUCCGAUCGACACCCCUGAUGUCGUCACUCUCUUGCUUGGUCACCUGGAGCACAUCUGCGUCGGUGUCCGCAGUCAAGCAUUCACCCCGACAGUCUUUGGGGUCGAUCAAAAGACUUGGAUCAUUGGCCAAGUGUCUGCUGGACCCACGGUCGAGGUUCCAGUGGCCCUCAUGGAGGUCACCACCGUUUUCAAUUGCGAAGGUGAACACUGA